GCCCACUCAACGCAAACCCGACUCGCGCCCGACCCAGUCGUUGUUGGCUUUCAAAACCACAUUCGCUCAUCGAUUACAGCUGUUUGGCGCAUUGCCGAUCUGCCAUUUGACCCCGUUUCGCGCUUCUGGAGCAAUCUAGCAGGGGUCGGAUAUCGAUUCUUACCCCGCGUGCCGGAACCAAAGCAUCGACGCCGCACCAAACGUCCCUGCAAGCGCCUGGCCAUUCCCUCACCCGCCCCCAAGAGAAGAAGUUUCGGGCUUUGCGAAACAUCGCCCAUACUUCCAAUAUCUUUCUUCUCGCUCGCUUGCCGCCACUGAGACGAUGGCGAAUCCACAGCAGAUGGGCAUUGACACCAGCCGUCGCAACCGAGUUCCGAGGCCGCUGACGGACGAUGAACGUGCGCGCUUGGACGAGUUCAUCGACUCGAUACAUUAUUCCACGAGGUACUCUGAUAACGAGUUUGAGUACCGGCACGUGCAGCUUCCCAAGGCAAUGCUCAAGGCCAUUCCCGCCGAGUACCACGACAAGUCGAAGGGUACAUUGAAGCUUUUGUGGGAGGAAGAAUGGCGGGGGAUGGGCAUCACGCAGAGUCUUGGUUGGGAACAUUAUGAGGUUCAUGAGCCGGAGCCCCAUAUCCUCCUCUUCAAACGUCCGCUUAAUUACCAGCCACCGCAGUGAGCCAGGUCAAGGCGCAGGAAAGUGAAUACUCGGUACCACUCGUGAUACCACUCCCAUAUUACGCAACUACGACUGGACAGCGACCGCCUCGUCACUCAGUGUAUAGCUACGAUUCAAGGCAUGGGCAGUUAGCGCAUCGCGAGUCUCGCCUGAUGGCGUUCUCCUGAGCCUCGGGUUCACAAUAGGGACACCUGGUCAACUCGUCUCAUACGAGGCAGGGAAGCGUGGGAUUGACCUGAUCCGGCGAUAAAUUGCAAAUACGGGGAACGGGGUUAUGAGAAGGAUAGGAGAAGCCAUUGCGAGCGCUGGCAUCGCGCUGCAGGUUGUUGCAGAGGUAACCGCAUCGAGGCGGAGCCCGUCACUCCAAAGCCGUUCCGCGAUGCUGGCCUGUUGGUUAAUUUACUGGAUCAGCAGCCGUUAAUUAGAUCGGUUUUGACCAAGUAUUGAGUGUUGUGUGAUAUGCGCUUGGCUUGCGUUUCCAUACUUGUGAUGCCG